UGGCAACACUUUAAACACCGCACACGUGCAUUUGUGUUUUGAAUAUAAAAAUCUUCUGAAAAUGAAGUUGGCAUCGAAAAGAGAAAAAAUGUUAAAAAAGCAGACGCCUAAAGGAGAUGGCAUUAAAAAGAAAAAAGUUGCUGCAAUAGCUACAGACGAAAAUGCGGGUAGAAAAUUAAUGAAAAAAAAGAAAAAGGAACAAACCUUGGUGACAACCAAAAUCGCAAAAUCAGGCAGAGUAAAGACAAAAAAAGAAGCCACAUCGAAAAAACAGGGGAUAGACAAAAAGGAUUUGGAAAACCUCAAAGACAUAGAUCCCGAAUUCUAUGAUUUUCUUAAGAAAAAUGACAAGAAAUUGCUUGACUUUAAUUUGAUGGAUAGUGACGAAGACGAUGACGAUGAUGAAACAGAUGGAGGCGAAAAAGAUGUGGAUUCUGAUGCGGAAGUUUCAGAGAAUGAAAGCGAAGGAGAAAAGGACGAUGAGAAAUUCCACAGGCCAAGCCAAGAUCUAGCUGUUGCCAGUGAUGAAAGUGAUUUCGAGGAGGAUGCAGACCAGGAUGAUGACAAUGCCACUGGCCCUCAAAAGAUUACACUAAACCUUCUCCAUCAAUGGUCACAGCAAUUAGCCCAACCGAAUGUCUCCAUCGAUAUUGUGCGUAAGGUAAUACAAGCCUUUAAUUCGGCCCUGGCCAGCAUUUCAUCCGAUGGAGCAGAUGACCAAAAUGCCACUGCUUAUAAGGUUUCGGGAGCAGCCGCUUUUAACGGCGUUAUCCAGCUAUGUGUCCUUCAUCUUCAGCCAGCCAUUCUGCGAGUUCUGGGAGUAAAGCCGCAAAGUUCGCUGCCACUGCACAAGCACAAGAAAUGGGUAAAAGUAAGGGGCUGUUUGCGCUAUUAUCUGACCGACUUGAUACGUCUUGUGGAGCAAAUAUCUAGUUCAAAUAUAUUAAAUGUUCUGCUCAAACAUUUACAUCAAAUGGCUGGCAUGGUUGCUCCAUUCUCGUCGCUUGGCAAGACCAUAUUGAAACGUUUAAUCGUUCUAUGGGCUACUGGAGACGAAACAGUACGAGUUUUGGCAUUUCUGUGCAUAUUGAAGAUUACCAGGAAACAACAGGCUACUAUGCUAAAUCAUGUACUCAAAGCCAUGUAUCUAGCCUAUGUCCGCAACUCCAAAUUCGUCUCGCCCAACACUUUGCCGGGCAUUAAUUUUAUGCGUCGCUCUCUGGUGGAGAUGUUUGCCUUAGAUCUAAAUGUGACUUAUCAGCAUGCUUUCCUUUACAUCCGCCAGUUGGCCAUUCAUCUGAGAAAUGCGGUGAUCCUAAAGAAAAAGGACAGUUUCCAGGCUGUAUAUAAUUGGCAAUUUAUUAAUUCAUUGCGUAUAUGGGCCGAUCUGUUGGGAGCUACCACAAAUAAGCCGCAAUUGCAGCCAUUGGUUUAUCCUUUGGUCACCAUAACUAUGGGUGUCAUACGUCUAAUACCCACAGCGCAAUAUUUCCCAUUGCGCUUCCAUUGUCUAGCGGCGCUUAUUAACCUGACCAAGGAGACGCAAACGUAUAUACCAGUUCUACCAUUGAUUGUCGAGGUCCUCCGCAGCAACACCUUCAACCGCAAGCAUACUUCUGUGUCCAUGAAACCGUUACAAUUCACCUGCCUGCUAAGGUUAAAUAAAUCCCAGCUGGCAGAAAAUGGUUUUCGGGAUGAGGUGAUCGAGCAGGUGUGUGCCUUGCUCCUAGAAUAUUUAGCCCAUGAGUCUGUGUCUCUGGCCUUUAGUGACUUAGUUGUGCCCGCCAUAAUGGCUAUUAAAGCAUAUCUUAAGGAAUGUCGCAAUGCCAAUUAUGCAAGAAAGCUGAAACAGUUGGUUGAUAAAAUUCAAGAGACCGGACGCUUUAUCGAGCAACAGCGUAGUAAGAGUGGCCUUAAUUUGGAUCUGAAGGAUGCCAAGGCAAUAUCUGCCUGGGAACAGCAACUGAGAGUUAAACGGACACCUUUAGAUAUAUAUUACGCUAGCUGGCUAAAGACGCAUGAAACAAAGAAGCGGCGUCAAGCGGCUCAAACAGAUGAAAUCAAUGCAGACUAUGAUUUGCCACUAAUGAAACGUCCUUUGGCAAAGACAGGAGUUCCUGUGCGAAAUGAGCAAGGAGAAGUAGAGCUCUUCCCUUCGGAUUCUGAAGAGGAACUAGAUAUACCCUAUAAUGCUGAGGAAGACGAUGAGACAGAGGGAGUAGAAGAACCCAAACCUAAGAAAUCGAAAACAAAGAAACCGAAAAAGUCCAAGGCAUCAGUUUCUGAAAUUACUCCCGUUGUAGAUGAUGGCGACGAUUACGAUGCUUCUGGAGCAGCCGUAGAUAUAGUCAAGGACUUGGAUUUGAACGAUUGGUAGAGGUAGAAGUAACCUAUAUAAUUGUUAAACUUAUCAAUAUAAUUUACAAAUGAAAAAACAUUUUAACUGAUUA